AUUGGGUGCGUGAGUGAAAUGUAAACAAAAAACGCAGCGUUGGAAGCGAAAAGGAGAUAGAUAGAGAGGGAUAUCAGAUAGAUACCUUUGGGUUGGGGUUGAGCUUCAGCCACAGUUUUCAUGGCACUCUCGUUUCGACCUGUCAUCCACCCACGCGUCACCGGCGGCUCACUCUCCCACUUCCUCCCUCCCAAGCCUCCCCCCGCCGUCCUCCUCCUCACGCGCCGCCGCCUCCGCCUCCUGGCCUCCUGCUUCCCCGACGACGCCGUCUCCACGCGCAACCCCUCCUUCGACCGCGGCUUCUCCGUCAUCGCCGCCAUGCUCCGCCGCAUCGAGCCCCUCGACAACUCCGCCAUCUCGAAGGGCGUCUCCCCCUCCGCCCGCGACUCCAUGAAGCAGACCAUCUCCACCAUGCUCGGCCUCCUCCCCUCCGACCACUUCUCCGUCACCGUCUCCGUCUCCAAACGCCCCCUCCACCGCCUCCUCUUCUCCUCCAUCAUCACCGGGUACACUCUAUGGAAUGCGGAGUACAGGAUGUCUCUGACGAGGAAUCUGGAUAUAUCGGAUUCUGGGGAUGAAGGGUCAGAUUGUGAAACGCGUUUGGAGUUUUUGAAGGUGAAGGAUGGAGCGCAAGAUGAGGGUUGUGAGAAAAUUGAGGUUGUUAAUGAUUUGGAAAGUAGCAGUAGCAGUUCUAGCAUCAAAGAGUUUGCAGAUUUGCCUCCUCAAGCUUUGAGUUACAUUCAGCAGUUGCAGUCUCAGUUGAUAAGUGUCACGGAGGAGCUGAAUGCCCAGAAGCAGGAAAUGAUGCGAUUAGAGUAUGACAAGGGAAAUUGGAACAAUUUGUUGGAAUAUCUUAGGUCUCUUGAUCCUGAGAUGGUGACUGAACUUUCUCGGCCUUCGUCAGUAGAAGUGGAGGAUAUAAUUCACCAACUCGUUCAAAACGUAUUGAAAAGAUUCUUUGCGGAUGAUGCUACCUCUAAUUUCAUGGAACAAUCAGUAGAAGGAAACAUAGACAAUAGUGAUGAGUUUAGUAAUACAGUAGCCACUUCACGUGAUUACCUAGCAAAGCUACUUUUCUGGUGUAUGUUAUUGGGCCACCACUUAAGAGGGUUGGAAAAUAGAUUGCAUCUGAGCUGUGUUGUUGGACUGUUGUAGACUUGUAGAGAAGGUGAUAGCCAUGUAUUGGAAUCUUUGGACAUUUGAAGAUACACGAUUUAUUUGUUUCUCUUUAUUAUUAUUAUUAUUAUUAUUAUUAUUAUUAUUUUAUUUUCUUUGUAUGCUUUUCAUUCAUUUUGUUUUUGAGUCAUGAAUUAUGACAUGACUUUCAAGUAAUGGAUGUUGUCUUACAAGAAUAAUAAGUGGUGCAAGAUCAAGGUGAACCUUCUAUUUAUAUGUAUAAGAUCAAAUAUUUUAUCACC